ACCGGAACAUACGCUUGUACAGUACUAGUACACUACACCAGACUACGCUCUAGGAUUCUGUACGCCGGAGGGCAGUCUCGUAACUGUGCCCGGUACAGUGCCUGCGAGAGUGCGACCACAGUGCCCACGCCAUACGGUUUAAAGCCCCUGCCGCUCACCACCGUUGUUACCCCCCUCCCUUCCCCCAAAACCACACCGCCGAAUUCCCCGGCAGAGCCCCCCACCCCACCUACCAUUCCGCGAUUCUGCCACCGGCGAGGGCGGGGAACGCCAUGGCGUACAUGUGCGCGGACAGCGGCAACCUCAUGGCCAUCGCGCAGCAGGUGAUCCAGCAGCAGCAGCAGCAGCAUCAGAGGCACCACCACCACUUGCCGCCGCCGCCGAUGCCUCUGCCGCCGCGCCAGGCGCCGCCGAUGCCGCCCGCCCCGGCGCCCUCACACGGCCAGAUCCCGGCGUCCUCGCUGCCUUGCGGCGGCGGGUGGCCCCACGCGGAGCACUUCUUCUCCGACGCCUUCGUCGGGGCGUCCGGGGCCGACGCAGUGUUCUCCGACCUCGCCGCGGCCGCGGACUUCGACUCCGAUGGGUGGAUGGAGAGCCUCAUAGGAGACGCCCCCGUGUUCGCGGACUCCGACCUCGACCGCCUCAUCUUCACCACUCCACCGCAGCCCGUCCCCGUCCCCACUCCCGCUGCAGCCCCCGUCGACGCGGCCGCCCGGCCCAAGGCCACGGCUCCGGCGUCGCUUCCCCAGGCUGCCGCUGCCACGCCGGCAGCGUGUUCCUCUCCGAGCUCCCUGGACACCUGCUCCACUCCCAUCCUCCAGUCCCUCCUCGCCUGCUCCCGCACCGCGGCUACAGAUCCAGGGCUCGCUGCCGUGCAGCUGGUGAAGGUGCGCGCCGCGGCCUCCGACGAUGGGGACCCCGCGGAGCGCGUAGCGUUCUACUUCGCCGACGCGCUUGCACGCCGCCUCGCGUGCGGCGGCACGGCGGUGGACGCGCAGUUUGCCUCUGACGAGCUCACGCUCUGCUACAAGACACUCAAUGAUGCCUGUCCCUACUCCAAGUUCGCGCACCUGACCGCCAACCAGGCCAUCCUGGAGGCCACGGGCGCGGCGACCAAGAUCCAUAUCGUUGACUUUGGGAUCGUGCAGGGUAUCCAGUGGGCGGCCCUGCUCCAGGCGCUGGCCACUCGACCCGAGGGGAAGCCAUCCCGGGUACGUAUCUCCGGCGUUCCCUCGCCGUUCUUGGGGCCGAAGCCUGAGGCGUCCCUCGCCGCAACCAGUGCCCGUCUCCGUGACUUCGCCAAGCUUCUUGGGGUGGACUUCGAGUUUGUCCCGUUGCUGCGGCCAGUGCACGAGCUGGAUCGAUCAGAUUUCUUGGUUGAGCCUGAUGAAGCCAUGGCCGUCAAUUUCAUGCUCCAGCUGUACCACCUUCUUGGCGACUCCGAUGAGCCGGUGCGGCAAGUCCUCCGGCUGGCCAAGUCACUCAAUCCAUCAGUGGUCACCCUCGGGGAGUACGAGGUCAGCCUGAACCGAGCCGGGUUCUUCGACCGGUUUGCCAAUGCACUGUGCUAUUACAUGUCAGUGUUCGAGUCAUUGGAUGUGGCGAUGGCGCGGGACUCACCGGAGAGGGUGAGGGUGGAGCGAUGCAUUUUUGGGGAGCGCAUUCGGAGAGCUGUUGGGCCAGAGGAGGGUGCAGAGAGGACCGAUCGGAUGGCGGGCAGCAGGGAGUGGCAAACACUGAUGGAGUGGUGCGGCUUCGAGCCAGUCCGGCUCAGCAACUAUGCCAUGAGCCAGGCUGAUCUUUUGCUCUGGAACUACGAUUCAAAGUACAAGUAUUCACUUGUUGAUCAGCCACCGGCGUUCUUGUCACUAGCUUGGGAGAAGCGGCCACUGCUCACAGUGUCUGCCUGGCGGUGAGUUUUUUGUGUAUUUGUGUUGUUGGAUGUGGCACUGUCAUAGAAUCAGUGAAGAAAUGGUUAGGAUUGGUUUUGCAGCUUUUGUAUUAGUUUCCUCCCAAGAUGAUGACAAUGAAUAGGUGGUAUAAUUGGGGAAUUUUAGCUGAGUUAACUUGUUUGGUGUUUGUGCUGCUACAUGAUGAGUAGCUAGAGCAAAUUUAGCGCUAAUUGUAUAGAAAUUGAUAGCAGGUGGAGUAGACUGCCUGCUCAUGUGUUUUCCUGGUGACAAUUGGCAUUCUGUAUGUGUAUGAAAUGGAAAAAUCAUUAGCACC